AGCUAAGCUAUAUCGCUUAAAGGUUCCUCCGCACUCCGACUUAAACCGUAGCAAUAACUAAUCGCCCGGAAUAAUCGGCGGUUUCUGCAGAGCGGCAACAAUGGAGAGCAGUGACGAAGAGGAAGAUUUCUCAUACCAUGAAGGCAUUAUUCCACAAUCUAAAAUCAACUCUCUCUUUCAAUCCAACACUGAAAAGUUUCCUUAUUCUCAUGCUUGUUGCAAAUGAGUUGCUGAAGGGAAUCAGAAGUUUGUGUUGUGAGCUGUUGGAUCUGAAGGAUUCAGUGGAGAAUUUAUGUGGAAAUACAAGGGCGAAGUACUUGGCUUUCCUGAGAUUAUCUGAAGAAGUAGUAGAGAUGGAACAUGAAUUGACUGAGCUGAGAAAGCACAUUUCUUCGCAAGGAAUUUUGAUACAGGAUCUAGAGAGUGGUGUAUUUCAUGAAUUGCACGAGUGUAUCAAAGCUGGUGAACAAGAAGAUGUGCCUGAAUUGCAGAUUUGUGAGCAUGAUGAUCUAUCCUGUAAAGACACCUCUGAUGCGAAAAGAAUAUCCUUGGAAAAGAUUGAUAUCCUCUUGGCUGAGCACAAACUGCAAGAUGCCUUGGAAGCUUUAGAUUUAGAGGAGAAAAGCUCGCCAGUGCUGAGAAGUGCUGGAGAUACUUCAUCAAGCGUAUCCAAUUAUAAAUCUGCUUUCUUUAAAAGGAAGGCUAUUCUCGAGGAUCACUUUGUAGGAAUCAGCGGUCAACCUUCACUUGACGACGUUGAGAUGAAGCAGGCUUUAUGUGGUUUGCUGAAACUUGGAAAAGGACAACUAGCUCAUCAGAUACUGCUUAAAAGAUUUGCUUCCCGCCUCCGAAUCAGAGUUGAGGCUUUUGUUCCAUCAUGUUACCUUUACCCUGAAACAUACCCAGCUACAUUGUCCAAAAUUAUAUUUUCGUUUAUCUCGUUAGCUGCAAAAGAAUCUCAUUCAACUUUCGGUGAUGAUCCUGUGUACACAAAUAAAGUGGUUCAAUGGGCAGAGGAGGAAAUUGAAUCUUUUGUGCGUUUUGUGAAGGAGUAUGGUCCUUUGUCUGAGACAGUUACUGCACUGCGUGCAGCUAGUGUUUGUGUUCAGGCUAGUCUCAGGAAUUGUCUAAUCCUGGAAUUACAGGGUAUCAAGCUCUCUAAGUUGCUUAUGGUACUGAUGCGGCCUUAUAUGGAAGAAGUUUUGGAGAUGAACUUUAGAAGAGCUAGACGGGUAUUUGUAGACAUUGCGGAUAGUGAUGAAAUUCCUCUGUUGUCUCCUCGCUUUUUGUCUCCUUUGUCAGUUUUUGCAUCCUCGCCAGAUAAUGCUCUCAUUAGUAGUGGGUUCAAGUUUAUUUCUAUUAUCAAAGAUAUAGUUGAACAGCUGACGCCCUUGGCCAUUCUACAAUUCGGGGGAAAUCUUUUAAGUAGAACUGCUCAGCUAUUUGAUAACUAUGUGGACCUUCUAACAAAAGCUUUACCUAGUCCUUCAGAAGAUGAUGGCAUUACAGAACUAAAGGAGGCUCUUUCCUUCAAAGCUGAGACAGAUUCACAACAGCUUGCGCUUUUGGGCGUUGCUAGCAGUGUUGCAGAUGAGCUUCUACCAAUGGCAGUGUCAAGAAUUUGGAAUGUUAAUAUGGAGACUCAUGAUCCAAUGACUGCAUCCCAUAUAGGAGGUAAUGCGGUUGAGUUCAAGGACUGGAGACGUCAACUUCAACAUUCUCUAGACAAGCUCAGGGAUCACUUUUGCCGGCAAUAUGUUUUGAACUUCAUAUAUUCUAGAGAAGGGAAAACACGGCUUGAUGCCAGAAUUUAUGUUGAUGAAGAAGGGGAGGACUUAAUUUGGGACUCAGUUCCGCUUCCUUCACUUCCAUUCCAGGCUUUAUUUGCAAGGCUACAGCAAUUAGCUACUGUUGCUGGGGAUGUAUUGCUUGGAAAGGAGAAGCUUCAGAAAGUUCUUCUGGCGAGGCUGACAGAAACAAUAGUCAUGUGGUUGUCUGAUGAACAGGAAUUCUGGGGCGUGUUUGAGGAUGAGUCAGUGCCAUUAAAGCCAUCUGGCUUGCAGCAGCUGACUCUUGAUAUGCAUUUCACUGUUGAAAUUGCACGCUUUGCGGGGUAUUCAUCAAGACAUGUGCUACAAUUAGCAUCAGGAAUUAUAGCUCGUGCAAUCAAAACCUUUUCUGCAAGAGGCAUUGAUCUGCAGAGCACACUCCCAGAGGAUGAGUGGUUCUCUGAGGCUGCCAAAGCUGCCAUAAAUAAACUUUUGCUAGGAGCUUCUGGGUCAGAAGCAUCGGAACCAGAAGAAGAAUCUGAGUUUCUACAUGAGCAACAUAUUAUUAUGUCGGACUCUGAGGACUCUGUUUCCUGCCCUUCAACUGUGGAUUCCUUCCAUUCUUUUGCGUCAGCAGAAAUGGGAGAUCUGGGAAGCCCUUCGCAUUUUAUUGAUCACGAGGGCUGAAACCAGCUGGGAAAUGUUGCUGUUGUUGUGAUAUUAGGUACUACUUGUUUGUAGUCUCACUCUGGUGUAGACGUGUGUUAUUAUAUCAAUUAAUUAAUACUCUGUAUUAAAAUUAGAAAAAGAAAAAGAAAAAAAGGGUUGCAGUUGCAAUUAUAUA